AUGCCUCAAAAACGGGACAACGUGGUGUACCUCCACGGCACCCUCGAUUUGGUCAUCGUGGAGGCUCGCUUCCUUCCCAACAUGGACAUGCUCUCCGAGCGCAUUCGCCGCUUCUUCUCCGCUCUCAACACCUGCAGCACCUCCAUCACCGCCAAGCGGAACAACCGCCACAACCGCUCCCGCCACCGCAAGAUCAUCACCAGCGAUCCCUACGUCACCGUCUGCCUCGCCGGCGCCACCGUCGCCCGCACUCGCGUCAUCUCCAACUCCCAGAACCCCUCCUGGGAGGAGCACUUCAAGAUCCCGCUGGCGCACCCCGCCGCGCAGGUGGAAUUCUACGUCAAGGACAAUGACAUGUUCGGCGCCGACCUCAUCGGAACCGCCUCCGUCUCCGCCAAGAGGAUCCUCUCCGGCGAAGCCAUCAGCGACUGGUUUCCGAUCAUCGGCUCCUUCGGGAAGCCGCCGAAGCCUGACUGCGCCGUGCGCCUGGCGAUGAAAUUCACGCGGUUCGAGGACAAUCCCUUGUACCGGUCCGGUCCCAAAAUGGAUCCGGACCGGUUCGUGGUUCGGGAUUCUUAUUUCCCGGUUCGGCACGGAGGGGCGGUUACGCUGUAUCAGGACGCGCACGUGCCUGAUGGGAUGUUGCCCGAUGUUGAGUUGGAUGAUGGGAUCGUGUUUGAGCAUGGCAAGUGUUGGGAAGAUAUAUGCCACGCUAUUUUGGAAGCACAUCAUUUGGUUUAUAUUGUGGGUUGGUCCAUCUUCCACAAGGUUAAGCUCGUCAGAGAGCCUACUAAACCCUUACCUAGCGGUGGCAAUUUGAAUUUGGGAGACUUGCUCAAGUACAAGUCUGAAGAAGGUUUGCGAGUUUUACUUUUGGUUUGGGAUGAUAAGACUUCGCACAGCAAAUUUUUCAUUAACACGACUGGAGUAAUGCAAACGCAUGAUGAAGAAACUCGAAAGUUUUUCAAGCAUUCUACAGUUAGAUGUUUGCUGUCACCAAGAUAUGCCAGCAGUAAGCUUAGCAUUUUCAGGCAGCAGGUUGUUGGAACACUCUUUACACAUCAUCAGAAAUGUGUGAUAGUUGAUACUCAAGCAAAUGGCAAUAAUCGGAAGAUAACUGCAUUUAUUGGUGGUCUAGAUCUUUGUGAUGGCCGGUAUGAUACACCCGAGCACAGAAUUUUACGUGAUAUUGACACUGUGUAUCAGAACGAUUAUCAUAAUCCUACAUUUUCUUCAGGAACCAAGGGUCCAAGGCAACCAUGGCAUGAUUUGCAUUGCAAAAUUGAAGGUCCUGCUGCGUAUGAUAUCCUUACCAAUUUUGAGCAGCGUUGGAAAAAAGCCUCCAAAUGGUCUGAGUUGGGUCGAAAACUUAAAAGAGUGUCUCACUGGCACGAUGAUUCUUUGAUCAAGAUAGAACGCAUCUCUUGGAUUCUCAGUCCUUCUGAAUCAAUUCCAAAUGAUGAUCCUGAACUAUGGGUUACAAAGGAAGACAAUCCUCAAAAUUGGCAUGUUCAGGUUUUUCGAUCCAUAGAUUCUGGCUCUUUGAAAGGAUUUCCUAAGGAUGUAUAUGUAGCUGAGACUCAGAACCUUGUUUGUGCAAAAAAUUUGGUCAUAGACAAGAGUAUUCAAACAGCUUAUAUACAUGCGAUCAGAUCAGCUCAACAUUUUAUUUAUAUCGAGAAUCAAUAUUUUAUUGGAUCAUCCUUUGCUUGGCCAGCUUACAAAGAUGCAGGUGCUGAUAACCUAAUUCCGAUGGAGUUGGCACUGAAGAUAGCCAGUAAGAUAAGAUCCAAGGAGAGAUUUACAGUUUAUAUUGUCAUUCCAAUGUGGCCCGAAGGGGUCCCUUCUUCUGCUUCUGUGCAAGAGAUACUCUUUUGGCAGGGACAAACUAUGCAAAUGAUGUAUGAAGUCAUAGCUCGGGAGUUAAAAUAUAUGCAGCUAGACGAUAGACAUCCACAAGAUUAUCUCAAUUUUUACUGUCUUGGAAACCGAGAGAAGUCAACAACUAUCUUUCCGAGUUCAAAUAAUACACCUUCAGAUAAUGGCGAAACGGUUUCAGCCUCACAAAAGUUCCAACGGUUUAUGAUUUAUGUACAUGCGAAAGGAAUGAUUGUGGAUGAUGAAUAUGUGAUUCUUGGGUCUGCCAAUAUCAACCAACGAUCUAUGGCUGGAUCCAGAGAUACUGAGAUAGCAAUGGGUGCAUAUCAACCCCAUCAUACAUGGAGUGAGAAAAGGGGACAUCCACAUGGUCAGGUAUACGGGUAUAGAAUGUCUUUGUGGGCAGAACACAUGGGGACCAUACAAGCUUGCUUUAAGGAUCCUGAAAGUUUGGAUUGCGUGAAUAGCGUGAACAAGAUUGCUGAGGACAAUUGGAAAAAGUACACAUCUUAUGAAUUUACUCCAUUGCAAGGGCACCUUUUAAAAUAUCCUGUGUCUAUAGAUGCCAAUGGGAAAAUUAAGUCAUUACCUGGACAUGAGUCUUUCCCAGAUGUAGGUGGCAAGGUACUUGGCUCCCGGUCAAACCUUCCUGAUGCUCUAACUACAUAAAACCAUACCCUUUUAAUUUU